UUCUUCAAGUAAAAGACAAGAAACAAUAAAUUUAUUUUUAACCAUUGAAUCUUUAAUGGAUACAUUAUUAGAAAUAACUGUUACUUCAAAUAGAAAUCAAAAAGAAAGCAUUAUUCAACUAUAUACUCAAAUUUAUAUUGAUCCAAAUUGGAAUAUUUGGAUUUUGAUGAAAAUGGAAGAUUAUUUAUUAAUUGGAGACAAUUUAAACAAAUUUUUAACUAAAAUACCAUCAGAAUCAAAUGUUAUUAUAAUUUCGUCAUUUUCUGCUUCAGAAUUACAAGAAAUCGAUCUUUAUUAA